AUGAACACUGUUAUAUUUUUACUCCUUCUCAUUUUUUGUUCAGGUGGUCUAGGUAAGAUUGAGAAAAAAACCUUUCCAUUUAUUUUCUAAUAUGGAUUAAGGUUUGAAUAAUUGUCCAACUUCUCCAAUUCGCGCAGUUAUUCAAAGAGCAGCUGAAACAACUGAAGAUGCUGUAACUCAAAUGCAAAUGAUUCGGCGGAUUCUUGAAGAUAUUUAUGGUGGAACUUGGGGUGUUUUAGUUAUCCGAAAUCCAUCUUUAGUUUCAAAAGAAGUUCAUUGGACCUUCCCCGAUCAUACAAAUGAAGAUGGAAGUGCCGCAUUUUGUCUAGCUGUAGUCAAUAAGUAUAUCAUUGGUUACUGUAGCUCUGAUAAUUCUGUUUUUUUUUAGAUGGCAGUAUAAUGUUUUCCGAACUGGUCAAAUAGAUUCUCCACAACGAGUCACGAUUGAAUCAAUGAUUCAGAAGUUUACCUCGGGAACACUUCCAAAAGUUGGAAAACUUGGAAGUAAGUCGACACCUGGAAAUGGAGAAAUGAGAGAUGAAAUAAAACGAAAACAAGAGCCAAAAAGAUAUUCGAUUGGAGAAUUAGAUCGAAUGUUGAUUGGAGUUCUUGAUAAUCCACGAAAAGUUCGAGUCAAUCGAUCGCCAAAAUUAAUUCAAUGA